AUGGCCUCAACCAAUUACGACAACAAUGUCCGUCAGCUAAUAAAUAUUGCUGAUAUUUAUGGCCUCCACCAACUCAUUUCUGAUCCUACUCGGAUAACAGAUAAAUCAUCCACUCUGAUUGAUUUAAUUUAUACAAAUUGUCCUGAGAAGGUAGUCUGCUCUGGAGUCGCCCAUAUCAGUAUUAGUGAUCACAGUCUUGUUUGUGCCAAAUUUCGUAACGAUAUUUGCAAUGAGAACUGGGAAUUUUUGGCUCCAGCUCUUGAUCCCAACCAAAUGUGGACAGAGUGGAAAACCAAAUUUUUACAGAUUGUUGACAAACAUGCUCCAAUUCGAAUUAAGCGCGUUAGAUCUAAAAAUUCUCCGUGAAUUACUGCUGAUUUGAAAGAAUGCAUGCAUAAUCGUGACACAUUAAAGAUCAAAGCAAUCAAGUCGAAUGAUCCGCACGAAUGGGCCAAUUUCAAAAGAAUGCGUAACAAAGUUAAUACUGAAAUUAAAGCUGCUAAAGAGUUAUUUUACAACAAUAAGUUUACUGAAACUAAUGGCGACCCGCGUAAAACGUGGCAAAUCAUCCACGAUCUUACAUCUCACAAAGCCGCUAAUUUAUCGAUUAGAGAAAUAAAUCUAAAUGGUACUUCUAUAUCUGAACCAUCCGACCCGUCGAAUGCUUUCAAUGAUCAUUUCUCAUCAAUAGGACCUAAACUUGCUAAUGACAUCUCAUUAUUUAAUAACAAUGACCACUGCCAUCGGAAAUAUGUCAAAGGCAUUAACAAUAGAUUCGAGUUCCGCCCUACUGAUAGUGGACAGGUUUUAAAGCUACUGAAUAAACUAAAUAAGUCUAAAGGGGCUGGUCUUGAUAAGCUAUCAAGUCGGCUUAUUGGUGAAUGUGCUGACCUUAUUUCACCAUAUAUCUCGAUUAUUUUUAAUUGCUGUUUAACUACCGGCACAUUCCCUGAUGACUGGAAAUUAGCCAAAGUUACGCCUAUAUUCAAGCAGGGCGAUAGAAGUGAUAUGAACAAUUAUCGCCCAAUUUCUGUGAUCUCAGCAAUAGCAAAAGUCUUCGAGAGAAUAGUUUAUAAUCAGCUUUCUUCCUAUUUAUCCGAAAAUUAUAUUUUGUCAAAAUGUCAGUCUGGUUUUCGAUCCUUUCACUCAAUUGUAACCGCUUUGCUCGACGCCACUGGUAAUUGGGCCUUUAACAUAGAUCGUGGCUAUGUUAACGCUGUUGUCUUUUUAGAUCUAAAAAGGCAUCUGACACAGUCGAUCACUCUAUUCUAUUAUCCAAACUAUGUUUAUAUGGAGUCAAAGGAAUUGCCUAUAAAUUGCUUUCUUCUUACUUAGAAAAUCGUACGCAAAAAUGUUCUGUCAAUGGCGUCCUUUCUAAAAGCUGCACUUUAACUUCUGGGAUUCCCCAGGGGACAAUACUGGGGCCUUUGCUGUUUCUCUUAUACAUUAAUGUCUUACCUAAUUGUUUAUCUAACUCGCAACCAAGAAUGUACGCGGAUGAUACUCACCUAACAUAUGCUGACAAUGACAUCUGCUCCCUUGAGGCUUCUUUAAAUCAGGACUUGUUAAAUAUAAACAAUUGGCUCAUUGCCAAUAAAUUGACUCUCAAAAUGACUAAAACUGAAUUUAUGUUAAUCGGAUCAAGACAAAAAUUGAAUAGUCUAUCCGUUCUCCCAAACUUAGAAAUUAAUGGCACACAAUUAAACAGAGUCGAUUUUACCAAGUCUCUUGGUGUAUUAAUUGAUGAAAAUCUAACAUGGAGUAAUCAUAUCAACGCUAUAUCUAAAAAAAUCUCUUCUGGUAUUGGAUCUAUUAAACGAAUAAGUCGCUGUGUUCCUCCUGCAACUCUACAUAAUAUCUAUCAUGGGUUAGUUCAAUCACACUUCGACUAUUGUAGUGUUGUUUGGGGUAACUGUGCCAAAACAUUAUCUGACAAAUUACAGAGACUUCAAAAUCGUGCUGUCCGCGUCCUUACCCAUUCUAGUUAUGAUGCUGACGCCAACCAACCGCUUAAAGAAUUAGGCUGGGACAAUUUAGAAACUCGACGUCAAAAACUAAAGGCUGAGAUGGUCUACAAGUCCUUAAACGGCCUCGCACCGAAUUAUUUGUCCUCGAAAUUCAUUCAACGGAGUGAUGUGAUUACUUCUUACAAUUUGCGCGAUUAUGAUAAUAAGCUUGCAACGCCGUUGCCACGUACUAACCAUUACAAAAAUAGCUUUGCCUAUAGUGGUGCAGUCCUCUGGAACAGUCUACCCUCAGCUGCUAGGCAAGCAACAUCUCUGACUAAUUUCCGACGAUUCUUAAUUAAUUCCGACACGGCAUUCAUGUAA